AUGAUGCGGCCGCGACGGCUCUUACUGCUCGUGAUCGCCGGCGUGCUCGCCGUCGACGCGUUCCGCAUGGCACCGCGACCUCGGCCACCGUCGGCGCUCGCCGCGAAGAAGAAGAAGCGGCGCAAGAGCGGCGCCGCCAAGCCGUCGUCGGCGGCCGAGGCGCCGGUGGCGCCUCCGGCCUUCGCGUUCCCGACGGCGGAGGCCAUCGGCGCGCCCAUGGACGGCGCGGAGGUCACCGCGCCGGCGCGGGACGUGUCGCCGGCCGUGGCGAAGAUGGAGGCCCUCGAGGCCGCGCGCGCGGCCGCCGCCGCCGCGGACUCGAACGCGGCGGCGCUCGCGGGCGACGCCAAGGACCUCAUCGUCGACGAGCCGGGCAAGCUCUUCGGCUCGUCCGUCGACGCCCAGCUCGAGGCGCGGCGCGCCGGCGGCGCGCCGAAGCGCGCGCGGAAGGCCGCGCCGGAGCCGGCGGAGGACCGCGGCGGCUUCGCUUUACCGAAGUUCGAGCUGCCGGAGACCGACGCCGUCGCGCGCCAGCUCGGCGGCCGGAAGCCCGACGACCCCCUCGACGCCUUCGACUACGGCAUCGGCGGCAUCGUCAAGCGCUCCGUCUUCUUCCUCGGCAUCUCCGCCUUCGUCUUCGACCUCUACCUCAACUCGCCGUUCUUCGAGCGCGCGGCCGAGCCGCCCGCGCUCACCGCGGCCAAGGAGGAGAUGGCCAAGUACCAGCCGGAGAAGGAUGGCGGCGACUAG